CCUAUUUCAACUCAAACCCCACGCCCAAGUACCUCUCUCUAUGCGCAAUAAGUACAAAUCCUAUGUUCAUUUUUCCUGGUCAAACUCAAAACGCUGGUUCCCAUUUCUCAGGGUUUUGAAGAAGAAUUUGUCUUCCUCUCACUCCUCCCAUCUGGGUUUUACUUUCUCUCUCUCCCUCUCUCUCUUUGAAUCAAUGGAAUCUCUCUCUAGACUCAACAAUUGUCACCAAAGUCUCCACCACCUCUCACUCAAUCACCACCGUCCCUCAGUCCCAAAACCCAUCUCUUCUCUCUUCCUCACAACCCCACCAUCACCAUCGCCACCACCAUCAUCGCCACCACCCAUAAGAGCUUCAUCCUCACCGGACCCACUUUCCCAAAACCCCCAAAACCCACUCUCCCAAACCCUCAAAUCCCUCCUCAAACUCACACUCCCCACCAUAGCCUCCACAGCCACAGCCACAGCCACAUUGUUCUUCAUUAGGUUCAACCCCAAGUCCCUCCUUGUCCCCACUACUACACAACCACAACCACAACAACAACCCAAUGGUGUUAUUACCUGCUCUGACCUCAAGGUCAAGCUGAAAAUCGUUGACUAUCUCAUUGAACUCAAACCAGAUGACCAAGCUUGGAGUUUGUUGAAGACCCAGAUUAGGAAUUAUAGCCUAGAGCUUGAUUCUGCUAGUUUUGGGUUCAGAGAGAUACUCGACAAGGACUUGUUGUGUCACAAGCCUCAUUGUGGGGACAUAAGGGAGUGUUUGGAAAUGGCUGAUGAACUCAAAGACUUGUCUUUAGAAAUCGAGGCUGCAAUGGACAACUGUAUUAGGAAUUCGGAUAUCAAAUUGCAUUUGAGGGAUUUCAAGUAUUUGGUUGCGCGAGUCAGGGAUUCUAAGAGGAAAGUUUUUGGUGCUUUGAAGUAUUUUCAGGAGCUUGAGCAACGAGACCAUAACUACAGGGACUAAAUAACAGAAAGGUCCAUGGGUGAAUUGGUUCUAGGCUUCUGGCUGGAUGGACUUGGACAACGGUAGUUAGACAACACUGAUUCAGUCAGUUAGUACCCCUUAUGCAGCAGUAACUUCAAUAUUGAGCAUCUCAGAGAAGACAGGCUUUGGCUGCUAAACAAAAUUUGCAUAAAUGCAUUAGAUUUUAGAGAUAUAAAAUAUGCGGAAAAAGUUGUGGCAAUGCUGAACUAGACGACUCCUGUGCAGAUAAACCAACCCGUGUAGGAUGAAAUUUUUAGUUGAAGCAAAAUGUCUUUGUUUCUCCUGCUGCAGAGCCAAAUUCGUUUAGUAAGAUCCAACCAAGGUAUACCACUAAAAAUAGAACCCAUUUCUUCCUGCUAUGUGGUACUUGAAUAUCAAAAAGGUUUCUACCAUCAACUAAUGGAUGGAAUAGUAUGAUGUAGUAAAACUGAAACACUAGUAAUAAGAAAAGUAUGAUGGGGUAAUGUCAACAUUUG